CAACAACUGCGCACAGGCUGCACAUCGCAGCUCCAGUCGGUCAUUGCCGCUUAUAUCCGGGCAGGUGUUUGCGCCCCUCGGUUAUUCCAAGACUUUUUUUGUUUUAUUUUAAUAAGUGUUUCUUUCUUCUGAGAGUGAAAUACAGUGGAAUGAUAAUCUGGAGCUUCUUUGUCCACAAUGGCGCAACAAGAGGACUUGAUUUUCCACAGACUAAGUUUUCAUUACCUGAAAGUUGACGUUGGUUGGUGACAGAGACAUGAAGUUUUGCGUGGAUUCACCACAUUUCCAGCCGCUCCUUAAAUGCGCACAAGAGAAUGGCUGCUUUCUUCCUCGUCUUAUAGUUCUGUUUAGAUUUUUAGAUUUUUUUUUUUUUGAUGCUUUGUUGAAUCACUGAUCAUGGCUGGUGGAAAGACGGUUGAUUUUACCCCCUCUAUUCCUGUCAAACUCCUCUCUGCUGGAACAGCUGGAUGUGUGGCCGACCUGGUGACUUUUCCACUGGACACAGCUAAAGUCAGACUGCAGAUUCAAGGUGAAGCCAUGUCUGCACUAAAAGGCCAGAAGGCACAAUACAGAGGAGUGUUCGGCACCAUCUUCACCAUGUGGAAGACUGAGGGGCCCAGGAGUCUGUACAGUGGUCUGGUUGCAGGUCUACACAGACAGAUGACCUUCGCCUCAGUCCGCAUCGGCCUGUAUGACACCAUGAAGCAGUUCUACACCAGGGGAUCAGAUAAUGUUGGGAUUGGGAGUCGGCUGCUGGCGGGCUGCACUACGGGUGCCAUGGCGGUGGCCUUCGCUCAACCCACUGAUGUGGUCAAAGUGAGGUUCCAGGCUCAGAGCCGCCGGCCAGAGAGUGCAGCAGUCAAGAGAUACAACAGCACGCUGGAGGCCUAUAAGGUCAUUGCCAGGGAUGAGGGCAUUAAAGGCCUCUGGAAAGGUUGUUUUCCCAACAUAGCUCGCAACUCUAUUGUCAACUGCUCUGAGCUGGUAACCUAUGACAUCAUCAAAGAGCUCAUCCUGAAGCACAGACUCAUGACAGACAACAUGCCCUGUCACUUCACUGCAGCCUUUGCAGCAGGGUUUUGCACCACCAUAGUAGCUUCACCUGUGGAUGUGGUAAAAACACGCUACAUGAACUCAACUCCGGGGCAGUACAGCGGUGCCAUUAACUGUGCCCUCACCAUGCUGAUUGAAGAAGGACCCACAUCUUUCUAUAAGGGAUUUAUGCCCUCAUUCCUUCGUCUCGGAUCCUGGAACAUAGUGAUGUUUGUGAGCUACGAGCAGAUAAAGAGAGCUGUGAUAAGAUUUCAACAAUACCGGGAUUCUCCACUCUGAUUUGUCACCAACCACCGGUACAAACAGCAAGGAUCUGGGUAGUUUGCGUCAAGCCAAUCAUAAGCCAUCAUGUAUUAUCUUUUAAAAGAAGGUGUUACGAUGGUUGCUGCUGGUCGGGACUUGUUCCUCCUCAGGGAUAAAAGAGCACAUAUCUCUUUUUAAAGAGGUAGCGCUCCGUAAACAAAGUGCAAAUACAUUUUCUAAAAUAUUUUAUUGAAGUAACUUGGUGUGGAUAGGGUUUGUUUUGACACGUUCAUUCUUUUUUAAUAGUGGUGGUUGGGUAUUUGUAGCUCAAAUGUCUGGUUUCAAGUGUUGCUGGGAAUAAGGCUGUGAAUUAGAUUUAUGUUCAUUGUCUUUUUUUUAUCAUUUAAUAGUUUGUCAGUUAUACAGUGAACUUUCAGAAAAGCUCAAGAAGCUUUAAUUUAUCGCAUGUUCUUUCAGGCAACAGCUUAACAACGUAAAGUGUCUGAUUCAUUAUUGCAAACA